AAAGAUGGAGAUGUUCUAAUGGCGAUUCACGGAAGACAUAUGAAAACAUCAAACGGCAUAAAGCAAGAGAGAGAGAGAGAGGAAGAGAGAGAUAGAGAGAGAGUGAAUUUCCAUCCCCCUUCUUAUCUUACUUUUCUCUUCGCCGAGACUCUCAUUGUCAGCUAUAUUAUAUGAUUUCUAACCUAUACACAAGAUAUUGACAAUGUAAUUUUAAUUGCAUGUUGUAUUCCAAAUUUUUACCUGACCAUAUCUCAUUAAUUAUGCCGAAUUUAAUGAUUAUAGCUCAUUAACCACUUUGAUAAUGGGAAAAGUUUAUUCUUUGUUAACACGACCUAUUCGCACGUUCAAUGUCGAAAAUCGUGCGGCAAGAAUCAUAUCUCGAGAAAAGCCUAUACCAGCACCACAAUAUCCAUCAACAGAAAAACAAAAAAAAUUGUCGGACAAAGUAAAUCCAAAUUUCCUGAAAGAACAUUAUCAAAAGAAUGUGCAACUGGAUCAACGCUUAAAAGAUGUUUUUGUAACAUCAACAGAUCCACAAAAAGUAAUUGAGCCAACGAGAGAAUCAAAACCUUUACCUCAAAACAGAUGUGCAAUAGAUGAAUACACAUUUGACUUUUUUGAACCUACGAUUCCUGUAGGAAAGUGCUCAUUGAAGCAGAUUUUAACAUUUCUUUCGCAACAUAAAUACGAUCCUGCAACAUAUAGCAGUGAAAAUAUAGCUGCUGAAUAUAAAAUAGAUAAGAAAGUAGUAGAGAAUAUAUUGAAACAUUUUAAACUUUAUGUAACUAUGACACAAAAUAAUGAAAAAAUAUUGGAAGAUCCAUUCCAAGAAAUAAUCGAUGCAGCAAUAGAGGAAAAAAAGAAGAAGGAUCUUCUAGGAAAAGAAUAAUAUGAAUAUUAUAUAUAGAAAAAUAAUUUAUUAAAGAUUGUUUGUAUA